AUGUCCAACAACCCUUCCCUUCAUCUCGCAGAAUAUCUGGAGAGGCUGCCUGGUACAACCUUUAAGAAGCUGUACCAGCAGCCCUCCACGGCCUUUGCAAUCUUCAGGCGCAUGCUGCCGCAUCUGGCCAAGACAUUUGUCAUGAGAAUGCUCUUCAUGCCACAUCCCAUGACUCUGAACGAUCUAGAUGUCUGGGUGAAGCCAGAAGCCAAGCGGAACAAGGAUCAAUCGCUCUCCAUCUUGAGAGGACUUCAUAUUGUUCAAAUCUCCGCUCCGUCCAAGGAGAAGCCGCAGGAGAUCCAGCUCAUGUCCAACUUUAAACGAUCUCUCCGACUCGCUCUCACCGGUGGCGGGAAUCACAACUCUUUCGGCGUGCCUUCUUCCCUCCUCAUCCCACCCGAAAUCGACCUGCAGUUCCUCGAUCGAUACGCGCGCAAGAAGUGGGAAGAUGUUUUGCACUUUGUCGUCUCUAGCGUUGGCUAUAAGAGCGUCGGCGAUGGAUCUGGGCCGAACAAGGGCGUCAAAGAGCUCCUCAUCGCGGGGCGACUUGUCGACAGACGACCAAGCGGAGGCUUGGGCAUCACACAGGCGGGCUUUACCUUCUUGCUGCAAGAGGCCAAUGCGCAGGUCUGGACGCUGCUUUUGCUGUGGCUGGAUGUUCUGGGCAAUAACAAGGGCUCGGGACUGGAUCCGGUCGACAUGCUCUCAUUCCUCUUCAUGCUUGCUAGUCUAGAGCUGGGGCGAGCGUACGACACAAAUGCGCUGACCGAAGAGCGAAGGAAUAUGCUUCCUUCGCUCGUCGACUUCGGCCUCAUCUACAUCCCCCAGCACAAGCGCUCCAUGUUCUUCCCUACAAGACUGGCUACAACCCUUACGAGCGGAGGCAACAGUCUGCGAACAAUCAGCGAGGGCGUCACAGCUGCGACCCAGUCAGCCCAGGCAUCGCAGCAAUCCCUUGGACCUCUCAGCGGUGGCGGAGAGCAGCAAUCAGGCAGCGUCGUCAUCGAGACAAACUACCGCCUCUACGCCUACACCCAGUCUGCCCUCCAAAUCGCCGUCCUCGCCCUCUUUGCCAAGCUCAACAUGCGCUUCCCGGACAUGGUCGCCGGGCGCCUCUCCCGCGCCUCCAUCCGUCAGGCCAUUAACUUUGGCAUCACGGCCGACCAGAUCAUAUCCUACCUCGCCGCCCACGCCCACGAGCAAAUGCACCGCACCGCCGCCCUCACCAAUAAGCCCGUCUUGCCGCCCACCGUCGUCGACCAGAUCCGGCUGUGGCAGCUAGAGAAUGAGCGGAUGAAGACGACGAGCGGCUUUUUGUUCAGAGACUUCACCGACGAUAAAGACUAUCUCGACACGGCGCGCUUCUCAGAGGAAAUCGGUGUGCUGGUUUGGAGAAAUGACCAUGCGCGCAUGUUCUUUGCAAACAAGCAUGAGCAGAUCAAAGACUUUUUGAAAACAAGGAAGAGGGCGGAAUAA